CGCGCGAAUAUUUUCAAACACAACGAUCUACAACAAUAAAUCAACAUGUCUGGUAUGGACUCAUAUUUUUCCAGUUAUGAAGAUCUGGAGGUUCAUAAAUUAAUGAUACAAGAUUCGGCCAGGACUGAGACGUAUAAAAAUGCAAUUUUAUCCAAUCAAGCUGUAUUCGAGGGUAAAACCGUGUUGGACGUGGGAGCUGGCUCUGGAGUAUUGUCCAUAUUCUGUGCACAGGCUGGAGCUUCUAGGGUGUUUGCUGUUGAAGCCAGCAGAACAGCUGAUUUAGCUAGGCAACUUGUAGCUGAAAACCAUUUUUCUGAUAUUAUUGAAGUGAUCUACAGCAAAGUGGAGGAUGUCACACUACCCCAUAAAGUGGACAUUAUUGUCUCCGAGUGGAUGGGAUUCUACAUGUUGCACGAGAGCAUGUUAGACAGUGUUUUGAUAGCACGAGAUAAAUUUUUGAAACCUGAAGGAUUAAUGUUCCCUUCUCAUUGCACUUUGUAUGCUUCUCCAUGCAUGUUACCUGACUUUUACUCCGAAUGGGAUAAUGUUUGUGGGAUCAAAAUGAGAUCGUUCGCACAAGCCUUACGCAAUUUAUAUUUAAAUAAACCAAAAAUCAUGAGUAUUCAACUAGAGAAUAUACUUUCUCAAAACGUUAGUCCUAUUAUUGAAUUGGAUCUUCAACAUUGUCAAAUACAACACCUAGAUGAAAUAAUUGCACAGCGUUAUUUAACCAUAGUUGACAAGAGCGGGAUUUAUCAAGGAGUAUGUUUUUGGUUUGAUGUCCAGUUUCCAAAUCCUGAUAAUACUCUUAGCACAGCACCUGGUGCACCACAAACACACUGGAAACAAACUAUAAUUGUAUUGCCUACACAAAUAGAGGUAGAAGAAGGUGAAGCUAUAAUGUUUAAUGUACAAUUUAAACGCAACAGUCCAAAUUCAAGACAUUAUAGUAUUAACUUAGAAAUGCUGGAUGCCACACAGGAGCCACAUCCAAAUCCAUGCGAUUGUAAUCAAACUAAAUGUAAAAUUAUUAAAACAUUUUUAUCAGUUACACAAAAUAUAUCAGAUGAUGAUGAUGAACAAUCUAUAGCAUAUAGCACAAAUAGCAUUGAUGACAAUUAAAAUUAAAUCAAGAUAUAAUGUUUAUUCAUGUAUAGCAAUGGUUUUUGUUAAUAAAUUUGUUAUU